UGAAUGAUUUUUUGAUGCGUAGUAACGUUUUCGGAGCCUGUAUUUCAGUGAAAUCGAUUUAAAGAUCAAGCAGUUCGCACACAUUUUUUUCGCAGGAAAAGACUACAGUGAUAGAAAGCAGAAAAACUCAAAAUUUCGUCGACAUUAUAAAAAAUUCUCUCUCAAUACUCGAGAGAAUGGCGUCCAUGAGGAAUGAAAACGAAACAUCAUCUCUCGAUAUCCGUAAAAAUGAAAGUCCUCAACUCCAUGAAAACAACUCUGGUGAAGUAGGUAUCUUAUGCAUCCAAAUAAAUGCCGAAGCCACGCAAGUUGGUAAAGAGAAUUCCAUUAUUGAACUACAACAAGUUGUGCAGAAAGCAGAUGGGGAAGCUGUGUACGACACGAGGCAGACAUCCCUUUCACUUUCACUUCCCCCUCGGGAAAAGAAAAGACGAAACAGUUUUUUUAAAGAAGUGAAUGACGAGAGUGACGACAGUGACGAGGAGCAGAGAGGAUCCGAGGCAAGGAGGAGAAAGGGUAAAGCAAAAUAUCGCCAUAAAAAGAGAAAUAGAGAUGCAGCAAUGACUGAAAAAACAGUUCAUCAAAGCCUUGGACCAGUUACCCUCUCAGCUUCCGACCGCCAGUACUUCCGCAUGUCAGAUGACAUCAUGAUACAGCUUCAGGCAGUGCGUGACGAGGGACAAUGGAAGACGUUUGAUGAGGUGGCUGUCACGCUAUAUCAAAAGUAUCCAAAUCACGAAGCUCAAAUCAUGAUCCUGAUUGAAAAAGGCCAAGCAGCUUGUUACAGUAACCGUUUUGCAGACUCCAAAAAGCUGUUGAAGGAAGCUAAAAGCAUGGCUAUUGCUAUUGACACGACAAACGCUUCGUUGCUCAUAGGUAGAAUACAUUACUACCUAUCAGCCGUGUAUCGCAGAGAGAAAAAAACAGGCAAGGCAAUUGAUUGUGUUCAGCUUGCUUGUCAGAACCUACAUCACACGGGUUUGGUCCUCGACACGGCUAUGUUGACAUACGAAAAAGCAAGUGCGUUAAUGGACUUCCUCUUGCUGUGUGUCGACCCCAAAUCAACUUGUCUGGACACUGUAAUGUCAGAUUUGCGAAGAGCCAUUGACCAGAUAUUGGCGCUGAAAGAAGACUCCAGUAGUAAACGGUACUUGAAGACCCACCGCUAUGCGUUCAUUAAGAUGGCUAUGCUGCUACUUGAUUGUCGAACAUCAACUGGGCGUCAAAGAACUGUUAGCAAAGAAAAUAUCAAGGAAGCCAAGAAAUAUCUAGAUGUCAUAAGAGAACGUUACUGGCAGGAGACAACACGCGGGGAAAAGAUUCAAUUUUUUCUUGCACAAUCAGACUUACAUUAUCGUAUGGAACUUUAUGAAGAAGCCGAGGAAUAUGCCUUGGAAGCUCUGAGUAUGGCCGAAAAAUUUGGGUUCAAUACAGAAAUCCAGCUCGUAAAUGAUAGACGUAAAGAUAUCAGACAUGCUUCUGCUACAACCAAGGAUGGUGGUUCCCAUAGCAAUUCAAAACCUGACGACUGCUUGGAUGAUAACCAUGACAACAGCGCUGGUAGCCAUGGUAACAAUGCACUUGUGGAUUGUGUUAAUGGAAAGACCCAUAGCAACAUGUCAUCCAAAUCUAACGUCUGUGGUGGUGGUAACCACGACAACACCAUGAAUGACAUCUCUGCUAAUGGUGAUCGUGACCAUGGCAACACCGCAUCUGACGUCUGCACCGAUGACAGCGAAAGUAAAACAGAUCUUGGGUCUAGCGAGGGGCAUUUUGGUGAUGUAAAUGCUGCUACUGAGGAAUCUGAUGAUUGGUCGGAUUCACCUUCGUUUCUCUGAUCGCCCAAAAAAAAGUCAAAUAAUAAUAAACUUUAUUCAAACACAGAAUUCAGAAUUUUGAAGAAACUUAUUUACACUGAAGCUGUGUAUAAAAUGAAUCAUGAUACAUGUAUUGAUAAAAUCAAAUAUUUUAAAUAUAUGUCAGUAAUAUAUGCUAAAAUUGAGAUCUAUAAAAAUACAAAUAAUAAAA